UCCAUCACUUUUCAUCAAUUCAAAAAAAGUUGGACUGUGCAUGUCUCAGAAAAAUGGCGAUUGAUAAAUUUUUGUUCAUUAUUUGAAAGCACAGUCCUAGGAUAUACAAUAAAAUCGUUUAUUAUCUGGUUGUAAAGCUGUGAACAAAACCAGGGAAUGGCUGACGCUGUGGUGGAGCGGAGACCUCCCGCUCGCUUCUUUUGCCACAGGUGUAACAUAGAAUUUGAGGAUGUUUUGCAGGAUUACAGAUGUCCAUAUUGUGCGAGUGGGUUCAUUGAACAGCUUGAGAGUGAGGCGGAUGGCUCUGCACUCUCCGGAGAUGACUUCAGUGAUGCAGACAUGAGCAAUUUAGAUGAUUCAGAUGAUACACACCAAAGCGCCAGCCAUCCGAUGCUGAGUGAUUUGGCGUUUCUUAUGUCAGGAGGGCGACAUCGCGGCGGCGGGCGGCCGGAGACGCUGCUGGAGCAGCUGGUGUACUCCAUCAGCGGCAGCGGGCCGCUGGGCGGCGCCGCCGUCACCGCCGGCGCGCCCUUCGUGCUCGUGGGCGCGCCCGGCGACUACGUCUUCGGCGGCGAGGGUUUAGACGCGGUGGUGACACAGUUACUAGGACAGCUCGAGAACGCGGGGCCUCCGCCGCUGCCCCGGGAACAAAUCGCCGCCAUACCCAGCGAGGCCGUCACAGAAGAACAGGCCGCGGCCAACACAUCAUGCUCAGUGUGUUGGGAGAACUUCCAGUUGGGCGAGAUGGUGUCUAAACUGCAGUGCGAGCACAUAUUCCACUCGACGUGCAUAGAGCCGUGGCUGCAGCUGCACGCCACGUGCCCCAUCUGCCGGCGCUCGCUGCUCACGGAGGAGCCUCAAGUCGACCUCCCCGCCGACCAGGAGCCCCCCGCGCCGCCGCCCCGCCCCAGCUCCACGAUGGGCAGCAUGCCGACGGUGCGGCUGCGGCGGCUGGCGCGGCGCCGGGCGCCGGGCGCGGCGUGGGACGCGGCCGCGGACUCGUCGUCGUCGUCGGACGCGUCCGUGACGGCCGGCGGGCUGUGGGCCGGCCCGCAGGGCGGCUCCACCUCCACGUCCUCGCUCAACUCCGCCGCCACCGACACGUCGCGCGACAACAUGUACAACAUGGACAUCGACUUCGACUAGGGGCCCGCCGCGGCCGCC